AUCAUACAAUCAGUUAAUUUUCCAAUCGGUCCAACAUCCGGUUCACCAAUGUUUUUCAGGUCCGGUUUUCCUGGACUGGUCCAAUGAGAAAAACCGGUUUUGUACCGGUACACCGUACCGGUACCCAGCCCUAGUAAGAGAUUCAUGUACUUAAGAUCCUAUAGGGGAUAUGCACCUGUGUUACACAGGUAUCAAAGACUGACAAACAGCUGAUAAUGGAUAGGGAUAAACCAACUUCUCAGAAAUUUCAAAAGCAAGGAGCAAAACUGAUGCAACUUUACUCACAGCUACUGAAGCAAAGUGGGUAAAAACUCUGCAGUACUCAGUAGUUCAUUGUCAAGAGAUCUGCUGCCUUGCUGCAGUGACAACUAUACUUACUAGGGGGAGCAAAUGUACAGUGACUCAAAAACCCUCUUCCAGUAGUGGUAUUACUAUAAUUGACUUCAUAAAUGUUUAAUUCUUAGUCCCUACCUCAUCAAAUUGUAUUAUGGUGCACUUCAAGCUAAGUAAGACAGUAACUAGUCAGUCCUGCUGAAUUGCAGUGACUGUCAUACUGUUUGCAUUUACAAACAAGUGUGUAAUAAUGUAUUGAGCUGCAAAAACACUAAUAUUACAUAUUAUUGUACUGAUAGAAGGUUGAUGUAUGUAUAUAGUGCUGUUGCAUAUGUAAAGGACAUGAAAAUUCGCUGUGGAUGUAAAUUAUAUUGUGUUACUAGAGUUUACUUUGGAAGGAAAUGUUUAUUGCCUGCUGAGGCUUUUACGUUGGAGAUCAUUUGUGUCAUUGUUUUGAGUGUCAAAGACUGAUGUAUGAAUUUCCACCAAUGCUUGCUUGUCAUUCUUAUAUUAUUAUUGUCAUACUCUACUGUCGAUACUGCACUAUUUAACAUUUGUAUUGAGUGACAGUGAACAAAUUUAUUUGAUGGUGGCAGCGGUGGGAUUCUCUUCAUUCUACAAAAGGUCACAGACUUGUCCAAACAGCCAUCUUGGUAUUCCCACGGCUAGAUUCAAGCUACGUGAUUGGACAGAUUUAUCAUGUGAUACACAGAAGGGCACCGAUAUUUUCAUUGUCUUGAUCAUUUGCUUGUCGACUCUCUCAAGACAAGACGCGUUUCUAGAAGCACCCUCUUAUCUAGGUCACCGACAGAAACAUCCUUACACGAUGGGAAACGGAGAAUCAAAACCAAAGGAAACCAAAGACGCCGACGUCAUAGACCCCGAUGCGAAAGCUGCGUCGAUGCUGGCCAAGCAGAUGGUGCGCGGACCCGUCAGGUUUCAGCAGCUUCCCGAGGCGACCGGAGACACGGCUGAGGAGGCGGCUACUGCACAAAAGACAACCGAUGAGACAAAGGAGGUUUCGGCCAUACUCAAGAGCGGGGUUUCAGUGGUGCGAACAGCCAUGGGCACCUAUGGUGGUCGCGAGGGUGUGGUGGCCGGUGCCCUGACACAGGCGAUAUUCUGUGACCUCAUUGACGAAAUGUUCCCGUCGAAAUCCUCGACCCCCAACACUGACGACAUGAAGAAGCUAGUGAACUACGCGACGCGCUAG